AGGCAGAUUUUGACAACAAACCAGUAAAUGGCCUCAAGUCAGAAUCCAUGGACUACAGUAGAUGUGGUCAUGGGGAAGAACAAAGAUUGGAAUUGAACACAAAUCCCCUUGAAAAUGUAACUAAAAAUGAAGAAAGCAUGACGGGCAUUGAGGUGGAGAAGUGGACACAAAACAAGAAAUCACAUUUAACAGAUCAUGUCAAAGGAGAUUUCAGUGCUAAUGUCCCAGAAGCUGAAAAAUCAAAAAACUCUGAAAUUGACAAGAAACAAACCAAACCUCCAAAAUUGUUCGUACAAACUGUAAGAAAUGGAAUUAAAAAUAUACAAUAUUUACCAACUGAAACAAAUGUGUCAUUUAAAAAAAUUAAUAUUGAAGAAUUUGGCAAGACAUUCGAAAAUAACUCUUAUAAAUUCCUAAAAGAUACUGCAAACCAUAACAAUGCCAUGAGUUCCAUUGCUACUAGUGCGAGUGGUGAUCAUCUCAAGGGGAGGAGUAAUAUUUUAGUUUUCCAGAAGCCUGGCUUUAACUGCAGUUCCAUUCCAGAUUCUUCAAACUUCAACCUAAAGAGUCAUACUAGUAUACACAGUGAAGUUGAUCAACCAAAAACUCCUGAGAACAUACCAAGUAAAGAACCAAAAGAUGGGUCUCCAGUUCAACCAAGUCUUUUAUCCCUCAUGAAAGAUAGGAGAUUAACACUGGAGCAAGUGGUAGCCAUAGAAGCCCUGACUCAACUCUCAGAAGCCCCAUCAGAGAACUCCUCACCAUCAAAGUCAGAGAAAGAUGAAGAAUCAGAGCAAAGAACAGCCAGUUUGCUUAAUAGCUGCAAAGCUAUCCUCUAUUCUGUAAGAAAAGACCUUCAGGAUCCAAACUUACAAGGAGAGCCACCAAACCUUCAUCACCAUACGUCUUUGGAAAAGCAAAGUUCAUGCAACACAGUGAUAUUUAAUGGCCAAAAUACCCUUUCAAAGUCACAUAUCAGCACAGCUACUAACCAAGUAUCCACAAAGUCACAUGAAUAUUCAAAAGUCACAAAUUCAGUAUCUCUUUUAAUACCAAAAUCAAAUUCAUCCAAAAUUGAUACCAAUAAAAGUAUUGCUCAAGGUAGAAUUACUCUUGACAGUUGUUCCAAGAACUUGCAUCAGCUGCCACCAAGAAGUAGUAAAUUGGGAUAUUGUAACCAGUUACUGGACAGCAGUAAAAAUUUAGAAUCAGAUGAUUCAUCAUGUCAGGAUGCAGCCCAUACUCAAAUUGAGGAAGAUGUUGCAACACAACUAACACAACUUGCAUCGAUAAUUAAAUUCAAUUACAUAAAACCAGAGGACAAAAAUGUUGAAAGUACACCAACAAGCCUUGUUGCAUGUAAUGUACAGCAAAAAUACAGUAAAGAGAAAGGUAAUAUACAACAGAAACCAGCCUCAAGUGUACAAAAUAAUUAUGGCUCAUCAUCAACAAAGCAAAAAAACACAACCCAGAAAAAGACAAAAUCUACCCCAUCAAGAGAUAGGCGGAAAAAGAAGCCCACAGUUGUAAGUUCUCAAGAAAGUGAUCAGCAGAAGCAGGAAGAGUUGUCUCAUAAAUAUAGUAAGUUACAUGACAUUUGGAUAGCAUCCAAAUUUCAAAGAUUUGGGCAGUUUGGUCCACAUGAUUUCCCUAUUCUUUUAGGUAAAAUUCCUCCCGUAACCAAAAUAUGGAAACCACUUUCUCAAACAAGUUCAACCAUACAACCCAAAAAAUUAUUUCCUCCACUCACUCAAAUAAAAUUCGAGAGAUACCCUGAAAUAGCACAAGAAAAAGUGAUGAAGGUUGAACCACUGGGUGCUCUCACGUUAUUUCAUUUUAAAGCAGAAGCCAACGGGCAGGCGUUUACAGAUAAAGCUUAUAAUUCUCAGGUACAGUCAACAGUGAAUGUCAAUCAGAAAGCUCACCCUUCGACCCAGCCCUCCUCUCCACCUAACCAGUGUGCUAAUGUGAUGGCAGGUGAUGACCAAACACAGUUUCAACAGGAAGUUAAGGAGCAACUCACGCAUCAGAGAUUGCCAACAUUUCCUGCCGUCUCCCUUGAGACACCCUUACCGGACCCAGCACAAAUUCUCAGGAAUGUAAAUGUAAUGUGUUCAGGUGGAAUUACAGUGGUCUCUAACAAAAGUGAGGAGGAAAUCUGUUCAUCUACCAUUGGACCAUCAGAACUUUCCUCAGGAGACAGUGCACAGAAAAGUUUUAGUGAUUAUGCCAUGAACUUCUUUACUAAUCCUACAAAAAACCUGGUGUCUAUAACUAAAGAUUCUGAACUGCCCACCUGCAACUGUCUUGAUCGAGUUCUACAAAAAGACAAAGGCCCAUAUUAUACACACCUUGGGGCAGGACCAAGUGUUGCUGCUGUCAGAGAAAUCAUGGAGACUAGGUAUGGUCAAAAAGGAAAUGCAAUAAGGAUAGAAAUAGUAGUAUACACCGGGAAAGAAGGGAAGAGUUCUCAUGGAUGUCCAAUCGCUAAGUGGGUUUUAAGAAGAAGCAGUGAUGAAGAAAAAGUUCUUUGUUUGGUUCGGCAGCGUACAGGCCACCACUGUCCAACUGCUGUCAUGGUGGUACUCAUCAUGAUAUGGGAUGGCAUUCCUCUUCCAAUGGCUGACAGAUUGUACACGGAGCUUACUGAGAAUCUAAAGUCGUACAACGGUCAUCCCACAGACCGAAGAUGCACCCUCAAUGAAAAUCGCACCUGUACAUGUCAAGGGAUUGAUCCAGAGACUUGUGGAGCUUCGUUCUCUUUUGGCUGUUCGUGGAGUAUGUACUUUAACGGCUGUAAGUUUGGUAGAAGCCCAAGCCCCAGAAGAUUUAGAAUUGAUCCAAGCUCUCCCUUACAUGAAAAAAACCUUGAAGAUAACUUACAGAGUUUGGCUACACGAUUGGCUCCUAUUUAUAAGCAGUAUGCUCCAGUUGCUUACCAAAAUCAGGUGGAAUAUGAAAAUGUUGCCCGAGAAUGUCGGCUUGGCAGCAAGGAAGGUCGUCCUUUCUCUGGGGUCACUGCUUGCUUGGACUUCUGCGCCCAUCCUCACAGAGACAUUCAUAAUAUGAAUAAUGGAAGCACUGUGGUUUGUACUUUAACACGAGAAGAUAACCGCUCCUUGGGUGUUAUUCCUCAAGAUGAGCAGCUCCAUGUGCUACCUCUUUAUAAACUUUCAGACACAGAUGAGUUUGGCUCAAGGGAAGGAAUGGAAGCCAAGAUCAAAUCUGGGGCCAUCGAGGUCCUCACACCCCGCCGCAAAAAAAGAACACGGUUCACUCAGCCUGUUCCCCGUUCUGGGAAGAAGAGAGCUGCGAUGAUGACAGAGGUUCUCGCACAUAAGAUAAGGGCAGUGGAGAAGAAACUCAUUCCUCGAGUCAAGCGGAAGAACAACCCGACAUCAACAAAUAACGGCAAGGCGUCAUCACUGCCACUUUUAGGGAAUAAAACUGAGAUGGUGCAACCUGAAAUAAAAAGCGAAACCGAGCCCCAUUUUAUCUUAAAAGGUUCAGACAACACUAAAACCUAUUCGCUGAUGCCAUCCAUUCCUCACCCAGUGAAAGAUACACACCUGUCUCCAGGCUUCUCCUGGUCCCCGAAGACUGCUUCAGCCUCACCAGCCCCAUUUAAGAGUGAUGCCACAGCCUCGUACGGGUUUUCAGAAAGAAGUAGCAUUCCCCACUGUACAAUGCCUCCUGGAAGACUCAGUGGUGCCAAUGCAGUUGAUGCAGAAUGCAUUGGAAUUGCACAGCCUAGUGAAGUGGCUCCCCUUCCCACUCAGUCUACUCCUGCAACCAAUUCCUUGGUUUAUUCAGAACUUCCCACUGGUCCAUCUGAGCAGCUAACUUCUAAUCAGCCAAACCAGCAGUCCCCAUUCCUUACCUCUCCUGAACUUGCGUCUUCUCUGAUGGAAGAAGAUGAGCAGCAUUCUGAAGUAGAUGAGCCUCUGUCCGACGAGCCCCUGUCUGAUGAUCCCCUGUCACCUGCUGAGGAGAAACUGCCCCACAUUGAUGAGUAUUGGUCAGACAGUGAGCACAUCUUCUUGGAUGCCAAUAUUGGUGGGGUGGCCAUUGCACCUGCUCACGGCUCGGUUUUGAUCGAGUGUGCCCGACGGGAGCUUCAUGCUACAACUCCUGUCGAGCACCCAAACCGUAAUCAUCCCACUCGCCUCUCCCUUGUUUUUUACCAGCACAAAAACCUGAAUAAGCCCCAACACGGUUUUGAACUAAACAAAAUUAAGUUUGAGGCUAAAGAAGCUAAGAAUAAGAAAACGAAGGCCUCAGAGCAAAAAGACCAGGCAGCUAAUGAGGGUCCCGAACUGUCCCCUGAAGUAAAUGAAUUGAACCAAAUUCCUUCUCAUAAAGCGUUAACGUUAACCCAUGACAAUGUUGUCACCGUGUCCCCCUAUGCUCUCACACAUGUUGCAGGGCCCUAUAACCAUUGGGUCUGAAGGCUUCUCUUCCCUUCUUAAUGCCUUUGCUAGUGCAGUGUAUUUUUUCAAGGUGCUGUUAAAAGAAAGUCAUGUUGUCGUUUACUGUACCUUCAUCUCACCCAUUUCAAGUCUGAGGUAAAAAAAAAAAAUGGGGUGGGUAUUCUUAACUGUGACUAUAUUUUGACAAUUGGUAGAAGGUGCACAUUUUAAGCAAAAAUAAAAGUUUUAUAGUUUUAAAUACAUAAAGAAACGUUUUGGUUAGGUAUUAACCUUGGUAGAAUCACUCAGUUUGGUGCUUUAAAUUAAGUCUGUUUACUAUGAAACAAGAGUCAUUUUUAGAGGAUUUUAACAGGUUCACGUUCUAUGAUAUAAAAUCAAGACACACAGUGUUAACUCUACACAGUUCCUGGUGCUUAACCACAUUGACACAGUUAAAAAUAAGCUGAAUUAUUAUUUCAUGGUGCCAUUGUUCCAACAUCUUCCAAUCAUUGCUAGAAAAUCAGCAUAUUCCUUUGAAAUAAAUUUAUGAAAUGUUUUCUCUCUUAAAAUACUUCUCCUGUAUAGAAUAAUUCAUUAUUGUUAGUAAUGGUUGGAGGCUGUUCAUAAAUUGUAAAUAUAUAUUUUAAAAGCACUUUCUAUUUUUAAAAGUAACUUGAAAUAAUAUAGUAUAAGAAUCCUAUUGUCUAUUGUUUGUGCAUAUUUGCAUACAAGAGAAAUCAUUUAUUCUUGCUGUGUAGAGUUCCAUCUUGUUAACUACAGUAUGUAUUCUAAUCAUGUGUAUGGUUUGUGUUCUUUUAGUGUGUCCUUUCACAUUCAAAUAUUAGCAACUUACAAUAUAUAAAAUAGCUAGAUAAUGCAAAAAUUGUCAAUUAUCUCUAAAAUUUUAAUUAGGGAACAUGUCACCAUUAUUGACUAACUUUUUUUUUGGAAACUAAAUGGGUGGUCUCUUCUGACUUUAUUGAACAACAGUGGCCUCAGUUUACUUUCAUCCCAACUUUCUCAAUAUAUUUCAUGAAAGGUGUUUCCAAAAGCAGAUGAAGGGACAGGUUUCAGAAGAGUCAAAUGCUUCUAAUGUUUCAAGGUAAUAAAACAUAAAAAGUAGUCAGAGCCCUACCCAUCCCAAAUUGCCUUAUUUGUUCUGAGAAUCUGAUAUAGACUAAGGGGAAAAAAAUCAUGUAGAAAUCAUCUGAAAACAAAUUCCCUAUUAUCACAAGCCUUCCCAACCUCCAAACAAGAGGGAUGGUACUAUAAACAUGACUUUGUCCAGUAAGAGCUAAUACAUUUGUUUAUCUUAGCAUAUUAGAUUUGGGAAAAUGAUAACACAUCUUCUCUGAUAACUGCCUAUGUUCUAGGUAACAGGAAAAUAGGCACUCCACUUAUUUUAGUCUUCCCGUUAUUUAUUCCCAUUACUAUAUUAACUCGUUUUAUAGCAAAACAAAAAGGAUUGCCCAAACAACAUGUUGAGAACAAAAGAACUUUCAAUGAAAUACUUGAUUCUAUUAAAAUGCAGAGGUGCUAUAACAUUCAAAGUGUCAGAUUCCUUGGGAGUAUGGAAAACCUAAUGGUGCUUCUCCCUUGGAAAUGCCAUAGGAAGCCCAAAACCGCUAACUCUCAAAAUUUUGGUGCAAAAGCAAACAGUUCCAGCAAGCUCUCUAAAGAAAAACUCAUUGUAAUUUACUAAAAUAAUAUAUGGUGCAAAGUAUCUGUUUCAAGCUUUUGACUAAUCAAAGGAAAGGAAUAUGAAGGGACUGUAAAUAACAAAAUGUCCGUUGAUAGAAUAUCAUCUUGUACAAGUAGAUUUCUGCUUCUUGAAUAUGUAAAAUAGGGUAAUUCAUUGACUUGUUUUAGUAUUUUGUGUGCCUUAGAUUUCCGUUUUAAAACAUGUAUAUUUUUGUGAGCCUAAGGUUUCCUAUACAUAUAAGUAUAUAAAUAAGUGAUUGUUUAUUGCUUCAGCUGCUUCAAUAAGAUAUUUACUAGUAUUAGACGAUCAGGAAUACACCCUUGUAAUAUUAUGUUUUAGAAUUUAGGCCUUAGCUCCCACUAGAAAUUAUUUCCUCACCAGUUUUAAUGGAUAAAGUUUUAUGGUCCUUUAUCCAUCCACCCAUCUAUGCGUUCUUCCAGUCUAUACUUAUUGAAUACCUGCAAAAUUUAAGUAUCACUUGUUUUUCCUUGAAUCACCACCUAUGACAUAGUAAACUUGAAGAAUUAAAAUCCUAAAAGAUCCCUUACAAAUAUUUUUUAAAGAAAUAGCAAAUUACCUUCAAAAUAAUCCAUGGUAGUAUAUAUGCAGUAAUUCAAUCUGUUACUAACUUUAAAUAAGUUUCAUAACAAUCUAAAAUUUAAACACCAGUGUAAUUUAUUGAGCUAUUGGGAUUUGUGAAGCUUGUUGCAGUUUAUCAAAACAAGUACAUGAAAAUAUCUAGUCUCAACUGAAAUGUUUCCAUUCCAUUAUUGUAAUUAACAUCAUGAAUGGACUGUCUAAAGUGAUUACCCACCAUGGGAACCAUACUGGAUUCCUACUAUGUUGGACUCUUGCCUAAUUUUGACAGUUUGCCAUCCCAUUCCCUGCCCUGUGAUUUUUUAAAGCUUAUGCUUACUCAAUGUUCUGCAGCAUUGUGACUGUAUCCUGGCUACACUGCUUUUAGAAUGGUCUUUCUCAUUAAGCAAGGAAAUAAAUUUGUUUGAAAUGACAUUUUCACUCAUAAA